AUGUCACACCCAACACAUUCCUACUCGCCGUUAGACCCUUCAACCCCUUAUAAUAGAGAUACCUCAAUAGCAGAGCCUCAAUACCCUCCUUCCACUCCACCACCACUCUACUCUGGCCAUGGAUAUAACUCAAACCCGGACUCACCUUCCAAAGGUGGCUACCGUCCCGAGAGCAUGAUAUAUUCAAAACAGGAAUCCACUUCACCAUACCUUUCCACAGAAGCAUCCUCAACGGCGGCCCUCCUCCCACAAUCCGAAAACGAACAAGCCCGCGAAAAGGAUACAAUCCCGAGAUCUAGUUACGAGAGCUACAAUGACAUCGACACUUCAUACCCUCCAGCAGGCAAUAGUGACGUCCGCUCCCGUUCUCUUUCCCCUUCACUCAAGGGUCACCAUUACAAAGGAAAACGAUAUCUAGGCAUCAUCCGUUGUCUAUUCGCCUGUUUCAACAUGUUCAUCUCCACCGCCUCAUUUAUAUUAAUUGCAAUAGUAAUCUGGGGGAUAUAUUCCCAAAAUAAGGAGAAAACACGAUUGGCGAUAUCGGACCCUACUAAACCACCAAAGGAUAUUAUACGCGCUUUCCCGAAGGAUAUAGAACCUCUACCGAACAAUCUUAUAAUCGCCGCAAGCGUCUUCACCAUGGUUGCCAGCAUCGUAGCAGCAUUAGCUCCAUGCUGGCGAUCGAACAAAAAAUUCCACAAGAAAAGAUUCGCAAAAUCAGAAAUCUUUGAAAUAAUCUUAAACGUCAUUAUUGUCGCUACCGGCGCUGCAGCCGCUUACUUCGCCUUGACUACAAAAUCAGAUACAGCGCAUAGUCUGUGGGGCUACACCUGCGAAAUUGCUAAAAACACCUCAACGGAACCACAACGUCUGGUUUUUACAGAUAUAAAUUUCAGAAAUGCUUGUAGCAACUACAACGCUGCAGUUUAUACACUUAUGGGGUUUACGGGUAUCGCAGCGCUAAUGUUGGGGACUUUCUUGGUCAAUUUUUGCCUGAAAAAGAAGAAAGGAGAGUACAGACGUGACGAUUCGGAAGCAUACACGGGUGUAUGCGAAUGUUGUGGCGCAUGUGCAGGUCCUUUGGUCGAUUGCCUGGUAAUCUGUCAAUGCUUCCUUGCCUGUUUUCAAUUGUGUGAACUUUGUAAAUAA